AUGGCACAAGUCCUCUCCCCAGGCGCCGUCCCCGACGAGCUCCUCCCCCCCAAGGAAGAAGAAUGGCAGCAGAACCUGAACGUGCGCAUGAUCUGCCGUGACUGUCAAGAUGACCCACCCAACCUUCGCGAAGACCACGCCAGUGGUGACCUCAUCUGCGGUGACUGCGGUCUCGUUCUCGAGCAACGCUCCAUUGACACCAGCUCCGAAUGGCGCACAUUCUCCAACGAUGAUCAGGGCAGUGACGACCCUAGCCGUGUCGGUGACGGACCCAAUGCACUCCUCAACGGCGCUCAGCUGAACACGGGCAUCGCCUUUGGUGACGGCAACAUGCGCAGCAAGGAACUGCACCGCGCGCAGAACAAGACUUCACACGAUAAGAGCAACAAGAACUUGCUCCAGGCUUACAAGCAGAUUGGCGCGCUGUGUGAUGGCUGGCAGCUCCCCAACGCCGUCUCCGACAMGGCCAAGCAUCUCUUCAAGGACGCCGAGGAGAGUCGCCUCUUCAAGGGCAAGUCGACCGAAGUUAUGAUCGCCGGUGCAGUCUUCCUCGCUUGUCGUCGCAACAACGUUCCCCGCUCGUUCCGCGAAGUCAUGGACUUGACGAAAGUCAGCAAGAAGGAAAUUGGCAAGACCUUCAAGCUCCUCGAGGCCUUUCUCAUGCAGAAGAGCAAGGAGAAGAAUGCUCAAGGCGGCGUGUCCACUGUUGCGGGAGGUAUCCUCGUCGCAAACGACACGUACAAGGGCAGCGCCACGGCCGACCCUGCAGAUCUCUGUCAGCGUUACUGCAGCAUGUUGAACAUGGACCAGCGCUCCACCAACGUGGCCAUUGCCAUCGCUACCAACAUGACCAAGGUUGGCGCACUCGCAGGUCGCUCUCCUCUCUCCUCCGCCGCGGCCUGCAUUUACAUGGCCAGCCAUCUCAUGAAUGACGCCAAGUCCGCAAAGGAGAUCCAAUCCGUGGCGAAGGUUAGCGACAGCACGAUUCGGCAUGCCUACAAGCUCCUGUACGGCGAGCGCGACAAGCUCAUCGACGCGGACGUCAUUCGCCGCGGUGCGGACCCCGAGCGUCUUCCCAAGCCCGCCUAG